AUGGAGCACUGUAAUCUUUUUCAGUCGUGGAACGGCGAAACUCCGCAGGUUAAUAACUCCGGCUUUGCCAAUCACCCAUCGCAUCAGUCCCUUCCUGAGGACCUUCUCGGUGUUGAGCUUCAGCCGCUGGACACAACUUUUCCUUACGUUCCUCCGACAACUACUAGCUUCCCUUACGUUCCUCCGACUAAUUCAUCCCUUAUUAACUGGGAUCAGUCGAGCGGCAGUCAGAGAUCUUCCAGCACUUGGCGCCAGCCUCGUCCGACCUACGAAAAUCGUGAAGAAGACUUGGAUGUAGACGAGUACGCCUGCUUUCGCGGCAACGGUGAUUCUUUUAUUUCACCUUACGACCAAGUUUCUUCAAGCCUCUACGGAGAUUUCAAUGGCCACACAAAUCCUCAACUUACGAGCCUUCCUCCUGGGAAUUGUCCUCAAUAUUUGAUAAACAAUGAAGACGUUGCAGUAAGAAGCAGAGAACGAUUUAGCCAUCCAAGAGAGAUCGUGGAACCGCAUUACGGUUUUUCUGAUUUGUCACUAGGAAAUUACUCCGACAAUUCAGUCCAAUUGCUUCCCGAGUCCACUUACUCCAGAGGAGCUUCAAGCUCACCGCAAUAUGCCAUGCAGAGUCACUCAUCGGCUGAGAAUAUUGAGCUGACGGCAUCUGGUAAGCCACGCAAGCGUCGCCCCAAGAAAAGCCUGCAGAACUUGACAGCCGAGGAGCGCAGGGCGCACGAAAGAGAAAUUAAUCGUCCCGCGCAGGCGCGUUACCGCGUCAAGAAGGAGCAGCAGCAGCAGCACCUCGAACAGCAGCUCGCUCACGAGACCGCGAGACAUUCGGACCUUAAUGCCAGAUAUCAGGAACUUACUGAUAGAAUUAAUGACAUAAGAUUGAGAAGUGCAAACUACUGAUAUGUAUAUGUAUUAUAUGUACGGCCGCUAGACAAUAUGAUUUGCUUGCCCAGUUUCACCACGUUACUUAAAAAUUGAAGCGUAGUAAACUGUGUCGUUAGUUCUAUUUGUUGCUGUCGCUGCUCGAUC